GCGGGGUGGGGUCUGUCCUGCUCUCCCUCCAUACAGUCACUGCUAUUCUACUUUUAUGACUUCGAGAUUUUGGCUACAGUUCUCUAGACUCUUCAGCAAUCCUGGAGACACAUGUCUGUUACUAUGGCAAUGACGGCAGGGACUACAGCCUCCUUUCCUAUGAGCAACCAUACCCGGGAAAGAGUGACUGUGGCCAAGCUCACGUUGGAGAAUUUUUACAGCAAUCUAAUUUUACAGCAUGAAGAGAGAGAGACCAGGCAGAAGAAAUUAGAAGUGGCCAUGGAAGAAGAAGGAUUAGCAGAUGAAGAGAAAAAGUUACGCCGAUCACAGCAUGCCCGAAAGGAAACAGAGUUCUUACGGCUCAAGAGGACCAGACUUGGCUUGGAUGACUUUGAGUCUCUGAAAGUUAUAGGAAGAGGAGCAUUUGGAGAGGUGCGGCUGGUUCAGAAGAAAGAUACAGGCCAUAUCUAUGCAAUGAAGAUAUUGAGAAAAGCUGAUAUGCUUGAAAAAGAGCAGGUGGCCCAUAUCCGAGCAGAGAGAGAUAUUUUGGUAGAAGCAGAUGGUGCCUGGGUGGUGAAGAUGUUUUACAGUUUUCAAGAUAAGAGGAACCUUUAUCUGAUCAUGGAAUUUCUCCCUGGAGGUGACAUGAUGACAUUGCUAAUGAAAAAAGAUACCUUGACAGAAGAGGAAACACAGUUCUACAUUUCAGAGACUGUUCUGGCAAUAGAUGCAAUCCACCAGUUGGGUUUCAUCCAUCGGGAUAUUAAACCAGACAACCUUUUAUUGGAUGCCAAGGGUCAUGUAAAAUUAUCUGAUUUUGGUUUAUGCACGGGAUUGAAGAAAGCUCAUAGGACUGAAUUCUACAGAAACCUUACACACAACCCGCCAAGUGACUUCUCAUUUCAGAACAUGAACUCAAAGAGGAAAGCAGAAACAUGGAAGAAGAACAGGAGACAACUGGCAUAUUCCACAGUUGGGACACCAGAUUACAUUGCUCCAGAAGUAUUUAUGCAGACUGGUUACAACAAAUUGUGUGACUGGUGGUCUUUGGGAGUGAUUAUGUAUGAAAUGCUAAUAGGAUAUCCACCUUUCUGCUCUGAAACUCCUCAAGAAACAUAUAGAAAAGUGAUGAACUGGAAAGAAACUUUGGUAUUUCCUCCAGAGGUUCCUAUAUCUGAGAAAGCCAAGGACUUAAUUCUUAGAUUUUGUAUUGAUUCUGAAAACAGAAUUGGAAAUAGUGGAGUUGAAGAAAUAAAAGGUCAUCCUUUUUUUGAAGGUGUAGACUGGGGGCACAUCAGGGAAAGGCCAGCAGCAAUCCCUAUAGAAAUCAAAAGCAUUGAUGAUACUUCAAAUUUUGAUGACUUUCCUGAAUCUGAUAUUUUACAGCCAGUGCCAAACACCACAGAACCGGACUACAAAUCCAAAGACUGGGUUUUUCUCAAUUAUACCUAUAAAAGGUUUGAAGGGUUGACUCAGCGUGGCUCUAUCCCCACCUACAUGAAAGCGGGGAAAUUAUGAACGCAGAUCACAUUCGCCCACAACCAAGAGAACUCAGGUAGCUGCAUCACCAGGCUUGCUUGGCGUAGACAACAAGACACUGAAAUACUCCCGGACAGUGGUGCUUCUGAGCACAAGAGGAAAUUCUACAGGAUUAGGAUUUCUGAGACUACUACAGGAAUUGGUUGGCAGUGCCAGCUGGCUUUUUUUUUUUUUUUAAUAUUUUAUUAUUUUUGUUAACUUUAUUAUAUGAAGGUACUGGAAUAAAAGAAACGUACAUCCCUCUGCAACUGCACUGCCUACAUGCGUAUUAAGGUCCAUUCUGCCUGUGUGUGCUGUGGCUUUUGUACUGUAACACCUCUAAUCGAUUCAGGAGAAACAUAUCAUUUAAAGCAGCAUAGGCUAACCUGUAGGUAGCACCGCAGUAUCGCUGUUCUACUGCAAAUCUUAUGGGUCUAGAUAAUCACAAAAAAAAGCCAUCUUCCAUAGUUGGUGUUCGAAUACUUGCCCUAUUGGUUUGGACAUAUGUAGAAUGAAUAUAUCUGAAGACAAUUUCUGUAAUGGUCUUAAGAAAUUUUAGAAAGGAAAUACACUGGUUCUUUAAAAAAUAGACUUUAUCAUCAUGUUAUUUCACAAACUCCACAGUUGGGAGUGACAGGUUUAUAAGGAGGAGGAAGUUUAACACCUUCACUCAAGCACUCCACUAAUAUAUUUACUUUGCAUUCAGAAAUACUGAUGACCUUUGUAUACGUAGUCUGUAUAUUCAUAGGGAGAUGUACUGUAUUAUAUGAAAUGUAAAGUUGCUUUUCUUGUGACAAAAGGACUUCUUUUUUAACAAGAGGACAUGGCAUUAUUUUGAUUUGAUUAUGGUGAGUUGAAUUUAAGAAACGACCAUGAAGGCUGCUUGUAGAACUGGUGUAUUUUUAUUAAACUAUUUUUUUAAAUGUCAA